AAGAGCUGGUUGUGGCAUAGCACACAUCAGUUGGGAACAUUCUAGAGAUUCCCCUGUUUCUGAGGGCGUCUCGAGUUUUCUAUUCGACUUUUUCUCUCCACCGCAAGGUUUGACUCUUUGACGCUUUAGGCACCGCAGUGCCAAUCUGUAGCUAUCUACUGCUGCAACUCAUAAUCGCUCAUACAAAUAGCUACUUCAUUACGUCGCAGGGCGACCAGCGGUGUGUUUAUGUCUUUGUUUUACGAAAACGGUGAGUACCUGGACGACAGGAGCCACGGAUGGGAAAGAGCUGUUGCGCAGCUGUUGGAACCUGUGUGGAGGGAACUUAGUCUACAAGCAAGUAGCUUUGCGCCUGAGUGGCGACGCCUUUUUCAUGUCAGUGACAGGGGCCACUUGCAUUCGUUUAUGUCAUCCUCUCUUCUCCAGACAGAAGAUACCAAAAAUCGCCAAUCCAGGAUUUUUUCAUCGUGCUGAUAAAGCCAACGGCAAGCCAAAAUGUCUGUCAACGUCAACCGCAGCGUGUCAGACCAGUUCUAUCGCUACAAGAUGCCCCGUCUGAUUGCUAAGGUGGAAGGCAAGGGGAACGGCAUUAAGACUGUCAUCGUUAACAUGGUAGAUGUGGCCAAAGCACUCAAUAGGCCUCCAACCUAUCCCACCAAGUAUUUUGGUUGUGAGUUGGGUGCCCAGACCCAGUUUGAUGUCAAGAACGACCGCUACAUUGUCAAUGGGUCGCACGAGGCCAACAAGUUGCAAGACAUGCUGGACGGAUUCAUUCGGAAGUUUGUGCUUUGUUCCGAGUGCGAGAAUCCCGAAACUGACCUGCACAUUAACUCAAAGAAACAGACCAUUGGAAGCUCCUGCAAGGCCUGUGGAUACCGAGGCAUGCUGGACACUCGACACAAGCUCUGCACCUUCAUUCUCAAAAACCCACCUGAGAGCGAAAGCGGCUCCGUGAAGAAGGACAAGGAGAAGAAGAACCGUAAGAAAGACAAGGAAAACGGUUCUGGAGGAGGAGAGGCUGGGAACCAUAACGACAUCGAUGCUCCUGAUGCCGUGGACGGUGAUGACGAUGAUGAAGACUGGGCAGAGGAGACGACUGAGGAGGCCCAGCGACGCAGGAUGGAGGAGAUCAGUGAGCAUGCCAAGAACCUCACCCUCAGCGAAGACCUGGAGAAGACACUAGAGGAGAGAGUCAACUUGUUCUACAACUUCGUGAAGCAAAAGAAAGAGGGGGGAGCGAUAGACUCUGCCGAUAAGGAGAUCCUGGCUGAAGCUGAGAGACUGGACGUCAAAGCCAUGGGCCCCCUGAUUCUCAGCGAGCUUCUGUUCGACGAGAACAUCCGUGAGCAGAUCAAAAAAUACAAACGCCACUUCCUCCGAUUCUGCCACAACAACAAGAAGGCGCAGAAGUACCUGCUGGGCGGCUUUGAGUGUUUGGUCAAACUGCACCAGAGCCAGCUCCUGCCCCGCGUGCCCGUCAUCCUCAAAGACCUGUACGACGCCGACCUGCUGGAGGAGGACGUCAUCCUGGCCUGGGCCGAAAAGGUCUCUAAGAAGUAUGUUUCCAAAGAGCUGGCCAAGGAGAUCCACGCCAAGGCAGAGCCUUUUGUCAAAUGGCUUAAAGAGGCAGAGGAGGAGAGCGAAGGCAGUGAGGAAGAGGAGGAAGAGGAAGAAGACAAUGUGGAGGUGGUGUACUCUUCUUCUGCCCGGGAGCUGAAGGUGGAGACAGUAAAAGCUGAGAAGUCUGAUAAAGAGGAGGAUGAUAUUGACAUCGAUGCCAUCUAAACACACACACACACACACACACACGUACACACACACACACACACACACACACACACACACACACACACACACGUACACACACACACACACACACGUACACACACACAGACAUGCACUCAAUCCAAAAAGUUGCCUCUUUCCACUUAACAAGAUUGGUGGCGGUCAGAUGCAUGCCUUUAAAAUCAUUUCUGCUCUUCUCUUCAGCUGCAGUUCUCUCUCUCUCUCUUACACGCAGGCGCACACACACGCACACACACACACACACACACACACAUAUAGAGCAAUGCUUUGCUAAUGGCUUCUUCAUUUAGCCUCUUCUCUAGGUCUCCUGGUGAAAUGACCGGUGUUGCCGUUCUGUUUGUAUGCAUGAACAAUUCCUUUAGAUUUUAGAGCAGAAAAUGCACAUGAUGAUUUGUUUUCCCUCCUUGUGUUUUUUUGCCAUUAUUAAAGAAUGUUUGCCAGUGAA